AUGUCCGGAUCAAAUUUUUUAAUGUUUUUAGAAGUGGAUACUUAUCAGAUUGAGUUGCAGUUGACAAAAUUGCCCUCGGGCGAGGAUUUGGAACUAUUAUCAAUACUAUCGAUGAAACUGAUUUAUCCCAAGGCACCAGAAAAAACCGAAGAGAAAGAGGAAAACAACGUACCUACUUCUGAAUCAAUUCAAUUUGUAAUUCACAAAGUCAGUUUAGUAGGUAGUUCAAGUUAUCCAAAUAUACUAAUUAAAUUUUCUUCACCUAUAACCGUAGAUGGAAAAAGUUUUAAAAAAAUAUUAUUGAGUGGAACAGAAGCCCAAAAACACUAUCAAAAUGGAGAUUUGGCAGUGGGAAAUACUAUUCUUAUUAAAAAACAAGGUAAAUUUAGUUCGGCAGAUGGAAUAGAAAAUUUAAACAUUAGAGUCGAUGAGGGUUUUGCCAAAAUUCAGGUUAUUUCUCGGGCCAGUUCGUCAAGAAUCCCUCUCGAAACCUCUCUUCCGGAUCCUGAUUCAAUCACUUUCGUUGUCGAUAAAAUAAGAACAAAUCCAUCUAAGA